AUGGACACCUCACGGGCCCUGCUGCUCUUCCUGCUCCUGGCCUCGGCCGUAGGGGUCCUCACCCUCAGAGCCUCUUCCGGAGUUCAGCGAACCCAUCUCACCUCUGACUCGGGAAGCUCUUCCCACGGCCCGGGUUCGAAUGUUUCUUUCCACGAACCCCCCGGAGGGAACAUUCCGGAUCAGUCUCCAGGUUCAAGAGCCACGGCUGAUAUCCCCCAUUCCAAAUGGAUCCCCGAGGCCCUGGAUUUGAAGGACGGGCCUGGGUCCUUCUGGCCAAAUGUUUCUGCUGGGGACCACACGUUGGGCCUGGAGCCCCCCAUCUCCGGGACCCCUGGCUCCCCAGCCCGGCCUGACUCCUUGGGCGCUCAGGUUCCCGCGGACGCCUCAAAGCCUUCCUUCCCCGCGAGGCCUCCAGCGUCAGACAUUGCUGUUCCAGCCCCUGGUGCUCCCGUGUCUGUGGGGGGCCCGGGUUUACAGUCCCCCCAUGACGACCCGGAUGCUAAAUUCUCUGCUCAGAGUCCGGCAUCCAAAGUUCCUGCAGAGGCGCCCCCAGGGCCAAGCUUCCCCCAGCAGGUGGGGGGGCCCCUGGCGGUGCUGGUGGGGAGCACCAUCCAGCUGCCCCUGCUUCCGGUGCCCAGCCCUGGCCCCCCGCACCCUCUGGUGGUCUGGCGCCGCGGCUCCAAGGUGCUGGCAGCUGGGGGCCUGGGGUCAGGGGCCCCUCUGAUCAGCCUGGACCCUGCUCACCGAGACCGCCUGCGGUUCGACCAGGCCCGAGGGGCCCUGGAACUGGCCUCGGCCCAGCUGGAGGAUGCUGGGGUCUACACGGCCGAGGUCAUCCGGGCCGGGGUCUCCCGGCAGACUCGGGAGUUCACGGUGGGUGUGUAUGAGCCCCUGCCCCAGCUGUCCGUGCAGCCCGAGGCCCCGGAGACCGAGGAGGGGGCGGCCCAGCUCCGGCUGCGCUGCGUGGGGUGGGGGCCGGGCCGCGGGCAGCUGAGCUGGAGCCGCGACGGCCGCGCCCUGGAAGCCGCGGACCCGGAGGGAGCGGAGCCGCCUCGGAUCCGCGCGGAGGGCGACCAGCUGCUCAUCGCGCGCCCCGUGCGCAGCGACCACGCCCGGUACACCUGCCGGGUCCGCAGCCCCUUCGGCCACACGGAGGCGGCGGCCGACGUCAGUGUCUUCUACGGCCCGGACCCGCCGGUCAUCACCAUCUCCUCGGACCGCGACGCCACCCCGGCCCUCUAUGUCACCGCGGGCAGCAACGUGACCCUGCGCUGCAGCGCCGCCUCGCGGCCGCCCGCCGACAUCGCGUGGAGCCUGGCCGACCCGGCUGAGGCCGCGGUGCCCGCUGGCCCGCGCCUCCUGCUGCCCGCGGUCGGGCCGGGCCACGCCGGCGCCUACGCCUGCCUUGCCGCGAACCCACGCACCGGCCACCGCCGCCGCUCGCUGCUCAACCUCACGGUGGCGGAUCCGCCCCCGGGGUCCCCACAGUGCUCAGUCGAAGGGGGUCCCGGGGACCGCAGCCUUCGCUUCCGCUGCUGGUGGCCCGGGGGGGUCCCUGCCGCCUCCUUGCAGUUCCAGGGUCUCCCCGAAGGCGUCCGCGCGGGCCCCGCGCACUCCGUGCUCCUCGCGGCUGUCCCCGCCCAGCCCCGGCUCCGCGGCGUCCCGGUCACCUGCCUGGCCCGCCACCUGGUGAGCACGCGCACCUGCACUGUCACCCCAGAGGCCCCGCGAGAGGUGCUGCUGCGCCCGAUGGUGGAGGAGGCGCGGUCUGGGGAGGCCGAGGUGGCGCUGGAGGCCUCUGGCUGUCCGCCACCUUCGCGAGCAUCCUGGGCCCGGGAAGGGCGGCCUCUGGCCUCCGGAGGCGGCGGGGGGCGCCUGAGGCUCAGCCAGGAUGGGCGGAGGCUCCUCAUUGGCAACUUCAGCCUGGAUUGGGACCUAGGAAAUUACUCCGUGUUGUGCAGUGGGGUGCUGGGUGCUGGGGGCGACCAGAUCACCCUCACUGGACCGUCCAUCUCCUCCUGGAGGCUGCAGAGAGCCCAGGAUUCGGCGGUGCUCACUUGGGAUGUGGAGCGCGGGUCCCUGAUCAGUGGUUUUGAGAUCCAGGCACGGCCGGAGGGACCUGACCCGGGCAGAACCACCAGCUACCAGGACUGGGUCUCCUUGCUCAUCCUGGGCCCUCAGGAACGCUCGGCCGUGGUGCCCCUCCCUCCUCAGAACCCGGGGACCUGGGCCUUGCGUAUCCUGCCCACCCUGGGGGGCCGGCCAGGCACCCCAUCCCAAAGCCGGGUCUACAAUGCCGACCCCACCCUGGGCCCCGGGGCCAUCGCUGGCAUCGUCCUUGGCUCCCUCCUGGGCCUGGCGCUCCUGGCAGCGCUUAUCCUCCUGUGCGUCUGCUGCCUGCGCAGGUUCCAGGGAGAGAUUCCCAAGAAAAAGAAGCACCUCCCCACCUUUGCCCCUGUGAUCCCCCCACCAGAAAAGAAGAUGCAGAGCCUGCCCCCAGUGCAGGCUCCACAGCCUCUGCCCCCCAAAGUCCCGCCUGAGGACCCGAGCCCAGCCGGGGCCCACCAAGCCUCCAGCCCCAGCCCAGUCAUCUCUCCAGGUGGGGUGCCGAAGACUGUGCGGGCAGCCACACAGGUGUGACCCGGCGAAUGGCCUGCUCUGUGCAGGGCUUUUUGGGCAAGACUUCCUGUUUCGCCUCCUGUCCUACUGUGAGUCAAGGUCAGACUCUGAGAGUGGGACUUCCUGUCUCCCUCUCUCACUGAGAAGACUGCCUGUAUUCGUGCAACGAAGGAGGUGGGACUCCUGGGCUUGGGGAGACUCCUGCUGACCUAACAGUGUGGUUGCAAACCACCAAGCAGACCAAGACCUGGGGGCUGUGCAGCGAACAGGGGGGCUUCCUGUGCUACUCUGAGCCAGAGAGGGGGGCCCCACCUCAUCCCUGAAAAGGUCUUCCUAUGUCCACUUCUGCCUCCCCCAGACCAUGCCCAUCCAGCUUCCAGAGUCUUCACCUUAAAACAGACCAGAUCACAUGUCCUCUUCCCUUUAAACCAGUGGUUCCCAACUUUUUUUGGCCAUGCCCCACCUAAGCAUCUCUAAAAUCCUGA